AUGUUCGGUAGCAAUACGCAAAGCCUUGUCCACCUGCCUGGAAAGCCCGCGCCGAGCAGCGACGCACAGCUCCCUCGCGGAGAAUGCGGCUUCCUGCUGCCUGAGUCCGAGACGGGCGGCGGCCGCCAGCGCUGCUCGUGCCGCAGCUUCUAUCCGGACUCGGUCGUGCGCUCUCGGUGCGGGUGCGGCCACCAGGCUUGGCAUCACGAAACACAGUCGCUGUCAACCGUGUCCACGGAGCAGUAUGUGCAGGUCAUCGAGGAGGUGAGGCGGCUGAAGCAGGAGCUGAAGCGCUAUGAGACCAUGGAGCAGGAGCUGAAGCAGGAGCUGUUCAAGGAGAGGGUGGCAAGAGAAGAACAUUUCCGGAUCUACAAGGCGAUAGAGGCUCGCAUGUACGAGAACAUGCAGAACUUGAAGGUGCACAUGGACGACAAGGUGGAGGCGGUGGUCGAUAAGACGCAGGAAUUCGGAGACCAGAUCAAGGCCAUGCAGGAGAGGCUGGUCAUGGUCGACGAGGUCACCAUGGAGCUCGAGAACAGGGUUGACCGCGUAGAGGUUAAUACCGGACUCUCCAGAGAAGCGACGCCCGGAGCAUCGACACCGAAAGCGAACCUAUCGACGCCCAAAGCACCUCCCGUUCCACAACUACCACUGCUCCUGCAGCCACAGCAUAUGCUCGGGCAGCUACCCAUCCGCACCGACAAGAAGUAUCCGUUAUCUUGGAGCGUGCGCGUAAUCUUCGUCCCGCGAAAGCUGCAGAAGUACGCAUACGACCCAGACAGCAACGGUUACAAACGCUGCGCGACCCGCAAGCUGCAGCAGAACCUCGAGUUCCCUAGCCAAGACAGCUCGUGCUUCGCAAACCGCAUUGAGCAAGCGUUCAAGGGCAUUAUUCGUAGCCGACCAUGGAUGCCUAUGAGUGCGCAUCGCCCUGCUGAUGAACCGUUUGGCCGGAUGGCUCUGUCGAUUCUGCCAGGAGACCUCAUCCACCGCGACGUGUGGGACUACCCCUUUCUCGAGGAUCACUGCAUCGCGCACGACAAGAUGCAGGGCGACGUCCUAUACGUCACACUGCAGUACGAAGACGUGACAUGGAACGAGAUUCGCUUCCUCCCCGCGGUAAUGGGUGCCGACGAAUCAUGCUGGAGCCAUGACGAAGAACUGGACGGCUUCGCCAAGUAUAAGAGCCUGGACUCAGAGAUUAUGGCGCCCUCGAAGCUGGACGUUCUUGCCGACUCCGCAUCGAUGCUCAGCCCUAUCGAGCGAGUGCAGACACAGUCAAGUCGCUUUUCGUCCGAGCGCAGCAGUCUCCGCAGCUUUGAGACGGAAGAAACCGACGACGAGCAUCGCGAUAAGAAGCCCAAGCUCCGGUCGAAGCAGUCGAUGCCCAACGUCAACGGUUCGGGCCACGUGCAGCAACCGAUCUACGUCUCUGGGCGAUCAAAGCGGAAGAUGCCCGUCCGCGAGAAGGGCCCUAAGGAGCCUCUUCACUUCAACGUGUCGAACGUAGCGAAGUGGCGGCCAGCGCUUCUGCAUCCUCAUUCGUCCAAGGGCAAGGAGGCGGCUCAGGCCCAAGAUUCUCACUAA